AAGUUAUGCAUCCAUCCUCUCGAUCUCUUCUUUUUCAACUCCUUUGAUCAUCUUUCUUUAGUUUGUACUAGCUAGUUCACAGUUCUCACGGUGAGUGAUGGCUGUCUUGGUUCUAUUGCUUGUAUUACUCAUGGUCAACCCCGGAAUAUCACAGUCGAACAACUCAGAAAAUGAUGUCAACACACCCAUUAGAUCAUUUUGUGGUCGUAACCGCCCAAUAGUUCCAUCAAAUUUUAUCAACAAUCGCAAUUCUACCUUUACUGCAAUUAGAAGACAAUUAUCAAACAACAAUGUAUUUUAUGCUAGAGCACAAAGUUUACUUGAAGGAGACUCGGUCUUUGGGGUCACCCAGUGCAGGAACUACCUCUCUACCUCUCAGUGUAUGGCUUGUUUUGAUGCUGGCGUGUCUCGACUGCUCAGCUGCAUAACGGGCAAUGGUGCUUAUGUUUUCUUUGAUAAUUGCUUUGUCAGGUACGAGAACUACGAUGACUUCUACGAUGACCCUAACGUAGUUGAGGAUGCGGGUAUCACUCCACUUCAAAUAUGUGGCAAUCAGUCAACAUCUCAUCAGCCAACAACAAUGUUUAGAGAAGUUGUAGAUGGGUUGUUAUUAGAUAUUAAAGAUGCAACUCCGAAAACCUCUAAUUUCUAUGUAGCAUCCACAAGGCAAAUCACAAGUGGAAAUGCAAUGGUGUAUUCGAUUGCACAAUGCGUUGAAAAUACAAGCCAGACCGUUUGCCAAACCUGCCUGAAUACAAUAUAUACCUAUUUAUAUAAUUGUCUUCCUAAUACAGAAGGAAGGUCUAUCAACAUGGGAUGUUUUGCAAGGUAUUCAGAGACUCCAUUUUUCAAUGAUAACCAGACAAUAGAUAUCACGAGUUUCUUAAAAGGGCAUUCAAGUAAGGUAAGCAUAAUUGCAGGAGCAAUUGGUGGUACAGUAGGGCUACUUUUCAUUUUGAUCGUUUUGUGGUUUCUGCUUCGACUCAGGAAGAAGUCGAAGAAGUCGGAAGAAGACUCACCAGAUUUGAAGGGGGCAAUAAAUUACAAUUAUAAAGAUCUGCAGUUGGCAACCAAUAAUUUCAGCGAAAAGAAUAUUUUAGGGAAAGGAGGUUUUGGUGAAGUAUUCAAGGCAAUUCUUGAUGAUAACAACACGGUGGCAGUUAAAAAAAUUGAAGUAGCGCAUGCUAAAGCAAAAGAAGAAUUCGAAAAUGAAGUUAAGCUCGUAAGUAACGUUCACCAUCGAAAUCUUCUCCGUCUACUAGGAUGGUCCAGUGAAGGAUCCCAUCUACUACUUGUCCUGGAAUACAUGCCAAAUGGCAGCCUUGACAAAUUCUUAUGGGGUGCAAAAAGGGGGACUCUGAACUGGAAACAACGAUAUGAUAUAAUUCUUGGGAUUGCCAAGGGCCUUGCCCAUCUACAUGACGAAUUCCAUGUAAAAAUUGUUCACAGAGAUAUAAAGUCAAGCAACAUUCUCCUUGAUGAUGAUUUGCAACCAAAAAUAGCAGAUUUUGGGUUGGCAAGGUUUCAACCAGAGGAUCAAAGUCAUAUUAGCACCAAGUUUGCCGGGACAUUGGGCUAUACAGCGCCAGAGUAUGCACUUCGUGGUCUUUUAUCGGAUAAAGUUGACACAUACAGCUUUGGUAUCGUGAUCCUUGAAAUCAUUAGUGGCCAAAGGUGUACCGACACUAACUCUGAUAGACCAUCCAUGGAUUACCUCUUGGAACAUGCUUGGAAGUUGUACGAGAAUAAAAAACAUAUCAAGUUCAUUGACGAGACAUUGGAUGUGAACCAAUCGCAAGAAGAGCACGUGAUGCACAUAAUUGAGAUUGCUUUGUUGUGCACUCAAUCACCGGUUUCUAAAAGGCCGACCAUGUCAGAAGUUCGUUUGAUGCUUUCAACCGGCCAAUCAUUGGGGAAAAUACAACUAACCAGGCCAACCCUCAUUGAUCAAGAUAGGAGGAUUCAGAUAGGCUCUUCAAAUAAGGCCAUCAGCCUCGGUAAAGUUUCUGGAAUGCCAAAGGAAUUAGAGGCAAAUGAGCAGCUACAUGGUGAAAAAGCAUAUGAAAAAGUAGACGUGAUGGAGAAGGGGAUGAAUGUUGCAACAACGCUCUUGUAAAAUUUCUUUUGAACUCCAUAUUCAUUACGGUUGAUCAAUGAUCAUACUGUGUUUGUUGUGUUUAAAGAAGGGAAAAGAACCCGUAGGUUCGACUUUAGGUCACUAGUUGAAUCUAGAUCC